AUGCACACAAAGUGGAUGGCAGAUUGGAUGAGUUGGGUUUUCGUCAUCUCCAUCUUAGCGUCCACUCCGCGUUUACAAGCCGAAUCCGACGAUAACUCGUUGCUAUGCAUCAGUAAAUGUGAUACCUGCCCAAAGAUUUGUUCGCCGGCACCACCACCACCUCCUCCUCCAUCACCACCGCCACUUUCAUUACCUCCGCCACCCGAUGAUAGUUCCUUUUUAUGCAUUAGUAAGUGUGGGACAUGUCCUGUGAUAUGCACACCACCACCACCUCCAUCAUCGCCGCCUCCUGCAAUCUAUGUUUGGACAAGUCAUCCACCUCCGUCACCAGCCAAAGAAGGCCAUGCGCCGCAACCAAAAUCAGCACCCCCACCGCCAGAGGGAGGACAAAAAGGAGGCCUAUCGUACCCCUACUACUACUUCUAUACUUCGGGAGCUAAGAGAUUGUGUGUGCUCCCCAGACUUCUCCUCACGUUUCUCACAGUUGUGAUGUCCAUGUUUCUCUGGGUGUUCCUUGGCUGA